UCAGGCAGGAGCGAGAUCUUUCUUGUUUUGCUGUUAGGCUGCCGCUGUGUUCCCGUGGAUCCCCCUCUGCUUUUGCCCCUUCCCGAGGGAGCCGCGCUCUCCGAUGGCCACACGGCUGCUUCACGGGCACCGUCUGUGCUAACAGGGGCUUUUCCUUCUUCCCCGUUUAAUCCCCGGCUUUGGGGCUGUUCCCCCAAAGAGAAACUUGGCCCGUUAGGGCCGUGGGUGGAGGACGAGCGUGAACCCAGCUCAGCCUGUUUUCCAGCCCGGAUUGCUUCAUCGCCUGCAGUUUAAUGGCUGUUGGGACGGGGGGGUUCCGCUGAACCUCGAGAGGCGAAUAGAUGCGUUUAACAACCGGAGAUGCGAGCGGAGGAGAAACACAGCGAGGCCGAGGAGCGAUUUUGGGGCGCGAUAGGAGCGGGGAUGAGUCCUCAGCGAGCCCCGAUCGGCCCCCUCUUUGGGAUGUCGCCGGAGACCGCGGCUGUCUUUGAAGCACACGGACCCGCCGCUGCUAUGGGCGACUCGGUGGCGGAUCCGGGGAGCGGCGGGACGUCCCUCAGCGUCAUCGCGGAAGGCGUCGGCGAGCUGGCCGUCAUCGACCCCGAGGUGGCCAAGAAGGCCUGCGAGGAGGUCCUGGAGAAGGUGAAGCUGCUGCAUGGCGCCUGCUCGGACACCGCGGCAGAGCCGGCGCCGCGCGCCGCGGCGGAUUUGGCCAACGGAGACGUCGGGGACGGCUGCGAGAUCCGGUGCUUGGACGAUCCGCCCGGCGCGGCCUCCAGGAUUAGGGAGGAGGACGAGGCGGCGGCCAACACGGUGAAAAGCGCCCGCAAGCGGCAGAAGAACAACUCGGCCAAGCAAUCCUGGCUCCUCCGGCUCUUUGAGUCCAAACUCUUUGAUAUUUCCAUGGCCAUUUCAUACCUGUACAACUCAAAGGAACCCGGCGUGCAGGCUUACAUCGGGAACAGGUUGUUCUGCUUCAGGAACGAGGAGGUCGACUUCUACCUGCCGCAGCUGCUCAACAUGUACAUCCACAUGGACGAGGACGUGGGGGACGCCAUCAAACCCUACAUCGUGCACCGCUGCCGGCAGAGCAUCAACUUCUCAUUGCAGUGCGCCCUGCUGUUGGGCGCCUACUCCUCCGACAUGCACAUCUCCACCCAGCGACACUCCCGCGGGACCAAGCUGCGCAAGCUCAUCCUCUCGGACGAGCUGAAGCCGGCUCACAAGAAGAGGGAGCUGCCGUCGCUGAGCCCGGCGCCCGACACGGGCUUGUCCCCUUCUAAAAGGACUCACCAGAGGUCCAAAUCGGACGCCACCGUCACCAUCAGCCUGAGCAGCAACCUGAAGCGCACAGCCAGCAAUCCCAAAGUGGAGAGCGAGGAGGAGGAGCUCUCCUCCAGCUCGGAAAGUCUCCAUAAGUCGUGUUCUCCCCCCGUCAGACUCGCUCCCGAGCGGGAGUUCAUCAAGUCCCUGAUCGCCAUCGGGAAGCGCUUGGCCACCCUGCCCACCAAAGAGCAGAAGACGCAGCGGCUCAUCUCGGAGCUGUCGCUGCUCAACCACAAGCUGCCGGCGCGCGCCUGGCUCCCCACCGCCGGCUUCGACCACCACGUCGUGCGCGUGCCGCACACCCAGGCCGUCGUCCUCAACUCCAAGGACAAGGCUCCCUAUUUAAUCUACGUUGAAGUACUUGAAUGUGACAAUUUCGACACCGCGAAUGUGCCCGCCCGCAUCCCCGAGAACCGCAUCCGCAGCACCCGCUCGGCCGAGAACCUCCCCGAGUGCGGCAUCACCCACGAGCAGAGGACCGGCAGCUUCUCCACCGUCCCCAACUACGACAACGACGACGAGGCUUGGUCCGUGGACGACAUCGUGGAGCUGCAGGUGGAGCUGCCGGAGAUCCACACCAACAGCUGCGACAACAUCUCGCAGUUCUCGGUGGACAGCAUCACCAGCCAGGAGAGCCGCGAGCCCGUCUUCAUCGCCGCCGGGGACAUCAGGCGGCGGCUCUCGGAGCAGCUGGCGCACACCCCCACCGCCUUCCGGAGGGACCCCGAGGACCCGUCGGCCGUCGCGCUCAAGGAGCCCUGGCAGGAGAAAGUCAGGAGGAUCCGUGAAGGUUCCCCCUAUGGCCACCUGCCCUCCUGGCGCCUCCUCUCCGUCAUCGUCAAGUGUGGGGACGACCUGCGGCAGGAGCUCUUGGCGUUCCAGGUCCUCAAGCAGCUGCAGUCCAUCUGGGAACAGGAGCGCGUCCCGCUCUGGAUCAAGCCAUACAAAAUCCUCGUCAUCUCCGCCGACAGCGGCAUGAUUGAGCCCGUGGUGAACGCCGUGUCCAUCCACCAAAUCAAGAAGCAAUCGCUGCUCUCGCUGCUGGACUAUUUCCUGCAGGAACACGGGAAUUACAACACCGAGUCCUUCCUGACGGCACAGAGGAACUUCGUGCAGAGCUGCGCCGGUUACUGCCUGGUGUGCUACCUGCUGCAGGUCAAGGACAGGCACAACGGCAACAUCUUGCUGGAUGCGGACGGACACAUCAUCCACAUCGACUUCGGGUUCAUCCUGUCCAGCUCCCCCAGGAAUCUCGGCUUUGAGACGUCGGCCUUCAAGCUCACCACGGAAUUCGUGGAUGUGAUGGGCGGGCUGAACGGGGACAUGUUCAACUACUACAAGAUGCUGAUGCUGCAGGGGCUCAUCGCCGCCCGCAAGCACAUGGACAAAGUGGUGCAGAUUGUGGAGAUCAUGCAGCAAGGGUCACAGCUCCCCUGUUUCCACGGCUCGUCCACCAUCCGCAACCUGAAGGAGCGUUUCCACAUGAACAUGACGGAGGAGCAGCUGCAGCUGCUGAUCGAGCAGAUGGUGGACGGCAGCAUGCGCUCCAUCACCACCAAGCUCUACGACGGCUUCCAGUACCUCACCAACGGCAUCAUGUGAGGGCUCCCCUGGGGGACAAGGACGUCGCAUCGCAGGGUUUCCCCGGGGCCGCUUUGGCCAAGACUCCUCGAUAAAAUGAAACGAGGAAAGAAAAGAAACAACAAGAACCAACCAACCCCAGAAACCAAAACCCACUCGUGAAAAAUCCAAGCGAAAUCGGAUCAUGCGGUAACGGUGUCGCGCGGGGGUGACGCCCGGCGAGGGGACGGGGACCGGGACCGCGCUCCCAUCAGUAUUACCGAAUGUCCCCUCAAUGUCACCGCAAGAUGUUGAGGACCUUGUGGGGGGGGACACAGGCCUGGCCCCCCCGUGUUUGGCAUCUGCUGUGACUGGAGCCGCUGCUCACGGUGCCACCCGCGUGUCCCCCCCGGGUCCCACUCGCCACCCACCCACCCGCCACCCCUUUUGUUUCUCGCACCCCCCGCCCGUCCCGCCCCCCCACGCGGGGCUGGUGCCCCCCAGCUGUCACCUCCCGCCCCCUCCAGCACCUUUUGGUUUGACUCCGUUCCAGGAAUUUGGGACUGUGACCCCCCCACCCUGCAUCCCUUUUGCAAUAAUUUCUCUGCUGCUUUUCCUUGGGGGGGUUUGAGCCCCUUUCCCCACUGGGGUGGCCGUGGCGGUGUGGGGGGGCAGAGCCAGCGCUGCACCCCCAAAAUUCCCCCCCCCUCCGCUCCCUCCAGCCCCUAUUUUUGCUUUAAGAGCAGUGCCCCCCACCAUGUCCCCCCCGUCCCGCUGCAGCGUUGCCCCCCCCCAGUCUCUUUGUUUAGCACUAAUUUGUCCCGUCGCUUUUUUAGCAUUAAAAUCCCCACCCCAAUUCUCUUUUUAAAAAGCUGGUGGUCACAAACCACCUUGUGGGGGCGGGGGGGGCGGGAAUUAGGGACAGAAUGGGGGGGGGGGGCCCCCACCCCGCGGCCAUAGGGAAUCACAGGCCUCAUUUUGGGGGGGGUCCCCCCCUCCUCCUGUUGCAGUGGGGGGCUCAUAGGAGCCCUAUGGGGAUGUGGAGGGGGGGACACCCCUUUUUUGGGGCAGGACCAACACCCUUGUGCUGGGGGGGGACACACACACACAUGCCCCCCCCCCACCCCGCGGGGCCAGGUAAGCAAGACAGGGCACAGCAGGGGUUAAACCACUAAAAGUUUAAUUAAUUGCGUUAUUACUACAAGAAUAAAUGAUACCUGAGA